AUGCGCUUUUGGGGCUACUCCGCCAACUUGUCCUCCCGAAGUGUUGUUGGGAGUUUUGUCCCGAAACGAGAUCCGGUAGUAGGGAUGAAUGAGCAGGCCCCUACUAAUAUAGAGGAGGAUAAUAGGGUUGACUAUGGAUUUGACCAGUUCAAUGAGUUUGAUGGUGCAUUUUACAACAAUGAUCCUAUAGUAGAUUUGAACGAGGAUGGUGAUGCGGAGUUGGAAGUUCAUGAACCUAUAGAAGUACCUUCUUUAAGGUUAGAACUACCUCCACCAUCUCCACCACGUCCAAGGAGCAAAGGAAAGACCAAGAAAGAAGAACCCCUCGGAGUGAAAAUCACGAAACACUGUGCACCGCUGGAUUCUAGACAUGCCGAUAACCGUCAAGCGACAGAGUGGGUUGUUGGCCACCUCAUUAAGAACAAGUUCAAAUCGGAUGGAACUAAGUACAAAGCUAAAGACAUACAAAGGGAUAUGUUUCGGGAGUAUGGGAUCAAGAUGAGCUAUGAGAAGGCUUGGAGGUGCCGAGAGAAGGGACUUUUGUAUUCUAGGGGUACGCCAGCGGCGGCUUAUAGUCGAUUACUGUUACUUUUACGUGCUGGAACGAAGAAUCCAGGUACUAUUACAGACAUUAUCACAGAGGAUAACAGGUUCAAAUCUUGUUUCGGUCCUUUGUUUGCUUGUAGGAGGGGAUUUAAGUUUUGUCGUCCGGUGAUUAGUAUCGACGGCACGUUCUUGAAGACAAGGUUUGGGGGCACAAUGCUAGUUGCUGUAGCGUACGAUGCAAAUAACCAACUGUUUCCGAUUGCCUUUGCAAUUGUUGACAGCGAGAAUCAUGACUCUUGGAAGUAUUUCUUGCAAAAGUUAAAGGAAGCGAUUGGGGAGGUUGAAAACUUAGUGUUUGUAUCGGAUAGGCAUCAAAGCAUUGAACAUGCUGUCGAGGUUAUUUUCCCCGAAGCAUGCCAUUGUGCAUGCUACAAACAUAUUUCUAUGAAUGUCACCCACAAGUUCAAGACUGAUGUGUGUAACACGCAAAUAUGGUUGGCCGCUUACGCAUGGUCGAAGAGGGAAUGUGAUAGACAUUUGCAGGUGCUCCGACAGAUGGAUCCUCCCAUCGCUGCUUAUGUUGACAAUAUAGGAUUAGAAAAAUGGGCUCGUCCUUAUUGUCUAGGAGACAGGUACAACAUCAUGACAAACAACGCUGCAGAAAGCCUUAACAACGCAAGUAAGUGUGUUACCCCUUUGGCAACUCAUUUUGAGGAAGAUUUGAUAAAGCAACACGAGGAUGGUAGACGUAGAAGUGCCCUACGUAACGGUGCACAAUUGUUUAAUGUUGGAAGAGGUGCUGACGGUUCUGACUUUGAAAAAGGCGGAGAUGUGAACUUAGUUGAGAGAACAUGCACUUGCGGCAUGUUCCAAUUGUUGAAAAUUCCUUGUCCCCAUGCAUGUGCCGCAGCGCUUACUCAGAAUGUCAGUGUGUACGCUCUGUCAUCUCCCUAUUACACAAAGGAGACGUGGAAGAUUGUCGUAAAUAAAGUCGCGAAAUGUCGCGAAGAUUGUCGUUAA